AUGACUUUAACUGGACCUAUCAAAAUAAAAUCUAAGGCAGUUGCGCAGGAAUUCUUGGACAGCUUCGACAGUUUCUUGUUCGAUUGUGAUGGUGUUUUGUGGCUAGGUUCACACCUUUUACCAAGUAUUAAAGAGACUUUGAAACUAUUAACUGAUUUAGGCAAGAAGCUAAUAUUUGUCACAAACAACUCCACCAAAUCUCGUGCUGCCUACACAAAAAAGUUCGCUGGUUUUGGUAUCGAAGUUUCGGAGGAUCAAAUAUUCACUUCCGGAUAUGCCUCUGCAGUGUAUGUUCGUGAUUUCUUGAAAUUGCAACCGGGAAAAGAUAAAGUUUGGGUUUUUGGUGAAUCAGGUAUUUCGGAGGAAUUGAGUCUGAUGGGAUACGAAUCAUUAGGUGGUGGGGAUCCAAGAUUAGAUGAAACAUUUGAUUUCAAGACCUCACCAUUUUUGGUCAAUGGUCUUGAUCCAGAUGUGCACUGUGUUGUCGCAGGCUUGGAUACGAAAGUGAACUACCACCGUUUGGCCGUGAGUUUACAAUAUCUGCAAAAGGAAGAUAGUGUUCAUUUUGUUGGUACUAAUGUUGACUCUACAUUCCCUCAAAAGGGCUUUAUCUUCCCUGGUGCUGGAUCCACAAUUGCUUCACUUGCCUGUUCAUCGGGAAGGACGCCAGUUUAUUGUGGUAAACCAAAUAUAAAUAUGCUUAAUACAAUUGUUUCUGCAAAGAAUUUGGAUAAAUCCAAAUGCUGUAUGGUUGGUGACAGAUUAAAUACCGAUAUCAGAUUUGGUGUUGAAGGAAGCUUGGGUGGAACUCUUUUGGUAUUGACUGGUAUUGAAACUGAAGAAAGAGCUUUGGAAGAAGACGGAGACCAUCCUCAACCCAAAUAUUACGCAGAGAAGCUAGGAGAUGUUUAUGAAUUGACAUCCUCAUAG